AUGGUGUCAUCUCCCAAAGGCAUAUCACUUAUCAGUCCCGGAGAUCGUAUCGCGCAACUACUUAUUCUCCCUAGUAAGCAUGCUGCCUUCCCUUUAAGAAAUAACGUUAGAGGAAGUAAGGGUUUUGGGCCUUCAGGAGGCCCACAAGCAUGGAUUAAUCUUGAUAUGGUAAAUAGACCCCUGACCACCCUGUCCGUGGAAGGUAGAAAAUUCACAGGGCUCUUGGAUACAGGAGCAGAUAGAAGUAUCGUCAAUCUCUCUGAUUGGCUGAAGAGCUGGCCUUUGCAGCAAUCCUGUCAGACCCUUAGGGGGCUAGGUUAUGCCCAGGACCCUCAGUGCAGUGCACGGUUUCUAAAACGGACUGAUGAUGAAGGUCAUGAAGGUGCCUUUCAACCAUUUGUGAUGCAAUUACCAAUUUCUCUAUGGGGGCAGGAUAUACUGCAAAUGAUGGGAAUAAGAAUGGUUUCUGAUACAGAAUAUAGUCCUCAAAGCCAAAGAAAUAUGCAGGCAAUGGGCUAUAAGCAGGGUAAAGGUCUAGGAAAAAAAUUGCCAAAGCAUUGUUGA